UCACAGCCCAGUGCGUAAAGCGCUGCGUUGAGAAUAGGAGGCCUGCUGAAAAAGAGGAGCCAACGGGAAUCCCACAAUGCCAGGCGAGGGACCUCCUGUCGGAGAGUGAAGCUCCGCUGGUUUCAAUGAAAGAGGGGGAGAAGAGUAAUGCAGAGGGAUGUAAGAUGGCAGAGCUACAAAUGUUGUUAGAGGAAGAAAUUCCGGCUGGAAAAAGAGCCCUUGUGGAGAGCUACCAAAACCUUUCAAGGGUCGCGGAAUAUUGCGAGAACAAUUAUGUGCAGGCACAAGACAAGAGGAAAGCCCUUGAGGAGACCAAAGCCUACACCACCCAGUCCCUGGCAAGCGUGGCCUAUCAGAUCAAUGCCUUAGCCAACAAUGUGCUGCAGCUGUUGGAUAUUCAGGCUUCACAGCUGCGCAGGAUGGAGUCCUCCAUCAACCACAUCUCUCAGACUGUGGACAUUCAUAAAGAAAAAGUUGCUAGACGAGAGAUCGGGAUCCUCACCACCAACAAAAACACAUCUCGGACCCACAAAAUCAUCGCCCCCGGCAACAUGGAGCGGCCCGUGCGCUACAUCAGGAAGCCCAUAGAUUACACCCUGCUGGAUGAUGUGGGGCACGGUGUUAAAUGGCUUAAAGCAAAGCAAGGGAAUAACCAGCCAGCUCGGGGAGGUGGAGGAACAUUAUCCAGGACUAACCCACCCACACAGAAGCCCCCAAGCCCACCCAUGGCAGGGAGAGGUACCCUGGGACGAAACACACCGUAUAAGACGCUGGAGCCAGUCAAACCUCCUGUGGUGCCUAAUGACUACAUGACCAGUCCGGCUCGCCUGGGCAGCCAGAACAGCCCAGGACGCACUGCCUCGCUCAAUCAGAGACCCCGAACGCACAGUGGCAGUAGUGGGGGCAGCGGCGGGCGAGAGAACAGCAGUAAUAGUAUGGGAAUCCCUCUGGCUGUGCCAACACCCUCACCUCCCAGUAUGGCACCAGUGUCUGUCGCUCCACCACCUCCUCCCUUGGCGCAGCUGACGCCCCAGAUUCCUCUCACUGGCUUUGUGGCCAGAGUUCAGGAGAACAUAACAGACAGCCCGUCUCCACCCCCUCCUCCGCUACCUGAGGACACGCCUUUGUUUGAGGAAGCAGCUCCGCCUCCUCCACCUCCACCUGUGGAUUAUGAUGAAGAAGACGCAGCUCUGGUGCAAUACAAUGACCCCUAUGCUGAUGGAGACCCUCACUGGGCCCCAAAAUCCUACUUAGAGAAGGUGGUGGCCAUCUAUGACUACGCAAAGGACAAAGAUGAUGAGCUGUCCUUCAUGGAGGGCGCCAUCAUCUACAUCAUCAAGAAAAAUGAUGACGGCUGGUUCGAGGGCGUGAGUAAUGGUGUGACCGGACUGUUUCCUGGCAACUACGUCGAGUCCAUCAUGCACUACGCUGACUAAUGCUAAAUCCCAGAGACGGCGUGCAAUGCAGCCAAUCAGUUACAAACAUUGCAAAGUGCAUUAGGAUAUGACUGAAUGUUUGUUUUCGUCCAAUCGCCAAUGUAUCCAAGCAUCUGCAGUGCUCAAGGUUUGAGGAGACAGAAGAAUAUGAAAAGAAACAAGUCUCGCUGCUUUCUGCUUAGGUUGCCUCAUAUAUUUUGUACAUAUAUUACAGUGAGACGUUGCCUGUAGGCUGUUGCUAGUGUUUGUUUUUGUGCGUGUUUUGUCAUCGUAUAGAGACCCGUAUUUGCCAAGUGUCCGCUAGGGCUAGUUAUUUUUGAUUUUCUUGUUUUUUUAUCUAAACUGUCAAGCUCUUCCUUUACGUGAGGAAGAAAUGUUUGAAUGUCAUUUCUGGAAUAUUAUAAUGCCUGGUAAAUAAUUAGGCGACAAUAUAAAAAUGACAAUUACGUCUUUACCUACGUUUCGCCUUCAGGUUUUGCUAAUGUUUUGGCUAAUCAUUUUACCUCAUGACUGUAAGGUGAGGGAAAAGACCGAUGCAGUAAUGUGCAGAGAUUCUCCUGCAUAUCAGACUAAACUUCAUAAACCUGUCAAAAAUAUGACCACACUAUAUAUAUAUAUAUAUCACCCCAAAAUAGACAAAAGAAAUGAUCAUUACGAAUUAUAUUUUGCUCAUAGACAAUGAUGC